CCGCACUGGUGACAGUGGCAGCUCAGCAGAGAGACAAGCAGGAGAUCCUGCUCACUGUUGGAACGUUGUCCUGAUGAAGGCCUAGAUCAAAUUGUGGAGACUUUGGGAUGCAGCCUCUGACACAGGACACAGGCAUGAGCCCAGCCUCUGUGACUCUCGCCAGUGCCCUGAAGGUCAGGGGUGAAGCUCUGUCAGAGGAGGAAAUCUGGUCCCUCUUGUCCCUGGCUGCUGAGCGACUCCUGGAAGAUGUCCGUGAGGGUUCCUCCGACUAUGUGGUCUGCCCCUGGUCAACCUUGCUUUCUGUGUCCGGAAGUCUUUCUUUCCAAGGCCAUAUUUGUCACAUAGAGGCUGCUCCUUUCAAGGCCCCUGAACUACUACAGCGACAGAGCUUCAAUGAGCAGCCUGAUCUAUCUCAGAUGCUCGUCUACUCUUUAGGAACAACCCUCUACUGGUCAGCAGGGUUUCACGUCCCACCAAAUCAGCUGCUGCAGCUCCCGGAGCGCUUGCACUCUGUUCUGCUGACCAUGUGCGAAGACCAGCCUCGCAGGCGGCUGCCCCUGCGGUCGGUUCUGGAAACUUGUCGGCUUCAUCGAGAAGAAGUGGGCGGAUACCCAGCCUCUGCCAAACUCCAUGUCAAACGGCUGGUCAGCUUGGUUCUGAGAACCAUCUCCGAGGUGGAGAGGAGAGUCGUGGAAGAAAGCUCCUCUGUGCAUCAGGACAGAAGCCACCUGCUCAGGAAUAGGCUGUGUCAGGCAAGCUGUGAGAACCCAGUGGAUCGGGCCCUGGAGUGUCUGCAUUCCUGCAGAGUUUCAGAGAGAAGCACGGAGACCCAGAGCUCCCUGGAGCCCAGUCUGAGCACGUCAGCACACAGUCACUGCAGCCUCUCUGUUAACAGCGCUCUUCCAGCUGAAGCUCCCCGGGACCUUCAGGAGGGCAGGCGGCCCAGCUCAGGAUCUGCUCUCUCUGUGACAGCACAAAACUCAUGGCCAGCAACUCCUUCUCAAAAGCGUUUCCUGCAAAGUAAGGGAAAGUUCUCCAGGCCGGAGUUCGUCCUGCUGGCGGGAGAGGCCCCUGUGACUGUGCAUCUGCCGGGAUCCAUUGUGACCAACAAAGGGAAAUCCUGUCUGACUCUCAGGGACCUCUGUGUGGUGCUGCUGAGUGGGCAGUGUCUGGAGGUGAAAUGUGACAUCACGUCCACAGUGGGGACCGUUUUCAACGUCGUCACGUCCUUCGCCAACCUUGGGGAGCUCACUUACUUUGGCUUGGCUUACCUGAAAGGCAAAGAGUUCUUUUUCCUGGACAACCAAACCAGACUGUGUAAAAUAGCCCCUGAAGGCUGGAAUAAGCAGUCACAGAAGACCUCCUUGAGAGCUUUCACACUCUUCCUCAGGAUCAAGUUCUUUGUCAGUCACUAUGGGCUACUCCAGCAGAGCUGGACAAGACAUCAAUUUUACCUGCAGCUUCGGAAAGACAUUCUGGAGGAAAACAUGUACUGCAAUGACGAGACACUGCUGCAGCUGGGGGUCCUUGCCUUGCAGGCUGAAUUUGGCAGUUACCCUGAAGAGCAGGGCGAGAGCAAAGCCUAUUUUCGAGUUGAAGAUUACAUCCCAGCAAGUCUGAUUGAGAGGAUGACCGCUCUCAGGGUCCAAGUCCAAGUGUCGGAGAUGCACCGCCUGGGUCCUGAGCUCCUGGGAGAGGAUGCAGAGCUGGAGUACUUGAGGGUCACUCAGCAGCUCCCAGAAUAUGGAGUGCUAGUUCAUCGAGUUCUCCCAGAGAAGAGAAGGCCAGAGGAGGAAAUGGCCUUGGGGAUCUGUGCCAAGGGUGUCAUCAUAUACGAAGUGAAAAACAACAGCAGAAUUGCAACUUUACGAUUUCAGUGGAGAGAAAUUAGGAAGAUUUCAACUUAUCGAAAGAAGUUCACCAUCACAAGCAGCGUCACUGGGAAAAAGCACACAUUUGUCACUGAUUCAGCCAAGACCUGUACAUAUUUACUGGGCCUCUGCUCUGCCCAGCAUGGCUUUCAUGCCCAGAUGAAUGCUCCCCGCGUUGCAACCGACUAUAAUGAGUGUGUGCAAAUGGCUAGUUUGAGUCUUGCACACCUGACCCAGUCCAGGCCUCUCACAUGGAUUCAGAGAUUGUCGUGCUCCAAAAACGCACUGUUGGCACCCAGGCAGGAGGAUGCUGCAGGAGGCCUGCUGUGCACGUCACUGGACAAGUUCACCAGGGACACCAGCAGGGAAACUGGCGCAGUAGGAAUCGGAGGCAGCCCCAGCACUGACCGGCAGCAGCUGGGGAGCACCUGUUUGAUCCAGAAGCCAAGGACUUGUGACCCUGCCUCUGGGCUGCCUGUUCAGAGAGUGUGCACAGGGUCACAAAAUAAAAGAAAGAGCUUCACAGCUGAACUGGAUCGAGAAAUUGUGCAUGUGACAUUGAACCGGGAUCCACGUUGUGGUUUUGGUUUUGUCAUUAACGAGGGAGAAGAUGUAGGCAAAGGUGACCCUGGCAUCUUUAUAUCCUCUGUUAUACCUGGGGGACCCGCUGAAAAGGCUAAAAAGAUCAAACCAGGAGCGCGGAUACUAGCUUUGAAUCACAUCAGUCUGGAGGGCUUCACAUUCGACAUGGCUGUUCGAAUGGUUCAGAAUUCUCCUGACAACAUAGAAUUAAUCAUUUCUCAGUCAAAAGGUGUUUGUGGAAAUAUCCCAAGUGAUGGGAAGAACAGCACAGCCAAGUCUGGGGUCUGCUCUACGGACAACCUGAGCAGUGGGCACCAGGGAAGUUUUCCAUCACACACACAAGACCAGGAGAGGAAUAUUGAAGAACUAGAAAUGGCUGGGACUCAGAGCUUCCUGCCCAGGUGGCGGCCUCAGCUGGCCACUCUCCCAUUAAAGGGUGCUGGCUCUUCUUGUCCUCCAUCACCUUCAGAAACCAAUGCCAGUGGAAUCUACUUUGUGGAACUGGUUAAAGAAGAUGGGACACUUGGAUUCAGCGUGACUGGUGGCAUUAACACGAGUGUGCUCUAUGGAGGGAUCUAUGUGAAGUCCAUUGUUCCUGGAGGACCAGCUGCCAAGGAAGGGCAGAUCCUGCAGGGUGACCGGCUCCUGCAGGUGGAUGGAGUGAGCCUGUGUGGCCUCACCCACAAGCAGGCCGUGCAGCGCCUCAAGGGCUGUGGGCAGGUUGCAAGACUGGUCUUAGAGAGAAGAGGCCCCAGGACUGCACAGCAGUGUUCUUCUGUUAAUCACAGGAUGCGAGAUGAAUACUCGGCUGUUUCCUUGGCAACAGCCUUGCCUGGCAGGCCUGCAAGCUGUGUCUCAGCGACAGAUGGACCUAAGUUUGAAGUCACACUGAAAAAGAACGCCAGUGGUUUGGGAUUCAGUUUUGUCCAGAUGGAGAGAGAGAGCUGCAACCACCUCAAGAAUGAUCUUGUGAGGAUUAAGCGGCUCUUCCCAGCGCAGCCGGCUGAGGAGAGUGGAGCCCUAGAGGCUGGUGACAUUAUCCUGGCUGUGAAUGGAAGGCCCACAGAAGGCCUCCUCUUCCAGGAGGUACUCAAUUUACUGCGAGGGGCCUCACGGGAAGUCACGCUCCUGCUGUGCCGACCCCCUCCAGGUGUGCUGCCUGAGAUGGACCACGGAUGGCAGACACCCGUGCUCUCAGCAGACAAAGAAUUUACCAAGGCAACAUGCACUGACUCAGAACAGAGCCCCAGCCUGGGUCAAGGGGACAGCCAGAGAUACAGUGCCUCCCCAGACACAGGGGACAUCCAACAGGCCACCAGAGAGAGACAAUGGGACCAAGACAUAGAACGACCCUGGGCCACUUCGCUCAUGUGUCCUGGGGAUUCCCACCCUCAUUUAUGCAGACUGCACCAGGAAGUGGAUGCUGCAGCAUCGGCUACCUCUUUGGAAAAGGAUUUGAUACAAAACUGCUAUUCGGUUUGUGAUAUCCGGAGACUUGAAAGGUAAGACUCACCACAUUUGCAGACAUUUUUUGUAAAUUUCAUUGCUAGGAAUUGCAAUCGAGCAAUCAAUAACUGUGCUCAGAUGCUUACUGGGCCCAGUAGUGUUUUAGGUAUUUGGAGGGGAGGUGGACAUAAAGGAAG